AUGACACCCAGAAAACGAAAAACCACCGAAGCUAACGAGAUAUUAGCGAAGGAGCCGUUGGCACCGGAUGUUCAGAAGAGGGUUGACGAGUUCUAUGAGCAGCAAAAUGACUUGUUGCAGAAGUUUCGAGAAGAUCAGGAGACGAUUAGUAGGCCGUCAAAGAAGAUGGAGGAAGAGGACGAACGAUCGGAAGAUCGAAAUUUAGCACAGACCACAUUUAUUCUAAAUAUCGGAAGUCUUAUUGGUAACCUUGCCGCAUCCAUUAUUUCUGGAUCACUUUCAAUCAUGAGUACAUUCGUCGACUCCUCCAUGGACAUUGCCUGCAGCUUUGUGAUGAACAUCUGUCUAAGCGCCAUCAGUAAAACGGACGCUCAAAAAUAUCCACGUGGCAGGGACCGUCUGGAACUGAUCGGAGUAAUCCUUUGCUCUGUAAUCAUGGCAUUUGCAAAUGUCUCAAUGAUAAUGCAAUCGAUAAACUCGAUUUUGAAUGAUACGGUAGACCCGAAAAUGACAAAUUCCACGAUAGCAAUUGUAGUGAUUCAAACUGUUCUCAAGGCAAUCAUAAUGUGGUUAUGCUAUAAGCGAGGGUCCACUUCCAGUCUAGUAAUUGCAAUGGAUCUGAGGAAUGACCUAAUGACGCGAAGUCUUGCAUUGGUAUGUGGAUACCUUGGAGACUAUGUGUGGAGGUUCGCCGACCCGAUCGGAGCCAUUUGUGUGUGCACGUGGAUUGCCUAUUCAUGGUGUCGACACGCUGUCGAUAAUAUUCCUCAACUGGUGGGAAUAUCCGCGGAGAGGGAUCAGAUGGCAAGGAUUUUGAAUAUUACGUUGAAACAUGAUGAGAGGAUUAAAUACAUCGACCAUUCAAUGAUCUACUAUACCGGUCUCAACGCUCAAGUUGAACUACACAUUGUGCUGGAUGAAAAGUUACCGUUAAAAAUCACUCACGACAUAUCUCACGAUUUGGAAAAGAACAUUCAGAAAUUGGAUUUCGUGGAGAGGUGUUUUGUACACGUGGACUACAAUUGUGAUGGGGAUUAA